CGCGCCACUCGGAUCCGUCGCGUUCUCGGGCGCGCCACAGAACGAGACUCCGACAGCACGAGCACGAAGUCGAGCCGUGUCCCGCGAACUUUUACACUUUAGCGCCGCGCGUGAGGAGUUUAGGCCGACUUCGUUCUCCUCUUGAAGUGUUUGGGAAAAGUUUGGGCGAUGCAAGCCAUCAAGUGUGUGGUCGUGGGGGACGGAGCCGUGGGGAAGACAUGUCUGCUCAUCAGCUACACCACCAAUGCCUUCCCUGGAGAGUACAUCCCCACCGUGUUCGAUAACUACUCCGCCAACGUGAUGGUGGACAGCAAGCCGGUGAACCUGGGGCUGUGGGAUACGGCCGGACAGGAGGACUACGACCGGCUGCGGCCGCUGUCCUACCCACAGACGGAUGUGUUCCUCAUCUGCUUCUCUCUCGUGAGCCCCGCCUCCUUUGAGAACGUCAGAGCAAAGUGGUACCCAGAGGUGCGGCACCACUGCCCCUCCACCCCCAUCAUCCUGGUGGGCACCAAGCUGGAUCUGCGGGACGAGAAGGAGACCAUCGAGAAGCUGAAGGAGAAGAAGCUGGCCCCCAUCACCUACCCCCAGGGCCUGGCUCUGGCCAAGGAGAUCGGUGGACUCGGUGAAGUACCUGGAGUGCUCCGCGCUGACCCAGCGGGGGCUGAAGACGGUGUUCGACGAGGCUAUCCGCGCGGUGCUCUGCCCCCAGCCCACCAAGCCCAAGAAGAGGGGCUGCCAGCUGCUCUAAGAACCCCCCCCCCCCCCCUCCACAGCUGGGCUCAGGGACCACCACAAUGGCUUAACACUCGAGAACAUAGUAUAAAGUAUAUUUACCCGCAGAUUAACAGCAGUGCUAGGCGACAUCAUACCCAUCAUCACACCCUCAUACCCUUACCCUCUCACGGUCAUGGAGACUGAGGCCCAAUCCCAUUUCUACCUUGUACCCUUACCCCUCCCCCCUUCCCUUUACCCCUUCAAAACAAGGGGGAGGGGUAAAUGGUAGAAAUGGGAUUGGGCCUGAGUCUAGAUACUGACUCAUCAUUUGGCUGUCCGACUGUAAGAGAUACGAUGGCAGGUAACAUCUGAUUAGUUCAAUGAUUAACUCUAUAGAUUAACUAUAGAUCUAUAUUGACGUCUCCACAUUCUGUGAGCACUGAUUGGUUGCCUAGCUCUGUUGUUAAGGGAUUUAGUAUCAGGGAGUCGUGCAUAUUAUUAUUGUCAUGUUAUUAUUAUCAUACUUAGGGAUCAUUUAGGCAACACUGUAUUCAGGCGGCAGUAAACCAGAUCUAACGGUUGAACCAGAUCAAACGGUUAAACCGGUUCAAAGGUUCAAGUGCACACGUGCGUGCAUGUGCACUUGAGUAUUUUCUGUAUUUUGGAGGUAAAAACCGCACUUGGUGUUUAACAAGAACUCGUGCCGCUGCCCAUAAACAAUAUCUUAAGGUAUUUAUUCCCCAGGAGAGACGAACAAACGAUAGCUUUAGGACGAGCUGUUCGACGUGACCCCAUCAUGUUUUGCCAUCGCCAGAUUUAAAGGUCCCAUGGCCUGCCACCAGGUGUGGUGGGAUUAGCCGUUACAAGCUGUUUUGGAAAUCUGCCCUUUAUGACAUUUAGGUGGACACGCCCACCUGUGAUGUCGUAUGGGGCAGAUUUCCAAAACGGCUUGAAACGGCUAAUCCCACCACACCUGGUGGGAUGCCAUGGGACCUUUAAGGAAAUAUUAAUAUUUAAUGGAAUGAAAGUCUGUUAGAUAAUCCAACUGCUUUGAGAUUAAAGCAUUGAGCAAUAGUCUAUGCGUCCUACCAUCUUUAAAAAUGUUUCAUUAAAUCAGUUAUUUGGUAGUUUGUUUACAUUCCUUUUUGUCUUUUCUAAACAAUGAACUAUUAUUAAAUAAUUACUCCACACAUUAAA